UAGAAUUACAUUCAAACAUACAAUUCUCGACGCUCGUGUGAAUUACAAUUUAUUCUUACAGUUUUCGCAAGGCGACUGUAUCUCCAUUCGUCAAUACUGUCACCUGGUUCGGCAUUUACAAUAAGCCCUUCACAUAGGCCUAUUCGAGAAUGUCAGAUCGCGAGUUUGGAGGAAAUGAGGACCUCUCAUUACCAAAGGCGACCGUCCAGAAAAUCAUUACGGAAAUCCUGCCUGCGUCAUCCGGGCUGACAUUUGCCAAAGACGCACGAGACCUACUGAUCGAAUGCUGCGUCGAGUUUAUCACGCUAGUCUCGUCGGAAGCAAACGAGAUUUCGGAAAAGGAAGCCAAGAAGACGAUUGCCUGCGAACAUGUGACCAAGGCGUUGGAAGAGCUGGGGUUUCAGGAUUACGUCCAGGAUGUAUUGGAGGUUGCGAACGAGCAUAAAGAACAGCAAAAGACACGGGAGAAGAAACAGUCGAAGAUGGAGCAGAGUGGACUCUCCGAGGAAGAAUUACUCCGACAACAGCAAGAGCUUUUCCGCAGCGCAACAGACAAAUAUAAUGCUGGGCCGCACGAUUCUGGGUGAGACCCAGAUGUGUGAGGUCUCAUUGCGUGUGAUUGGCAAAUGGACGGGCGUUUCUUCUGCGGGCUUGCGGGCGGCUUCUUUUUGAUAUGCGAUGGUCGAGGCAAAUAUCUCAUACGGGUGUUUUAAGGAUAUCGGAGUUUUUAUGUAUAGGCAAUAAUCCCGGCCGGGCGUCUAGGAUACGAAUUCUUCUAUUAUUUUCAUGUACAUGCAGGGGAUGAAUGAUUCCCAGGACAUCGAUGAGUGUCUGUUCACGAGGAAUUAAAUAUCAAUAUAUUCCAGACCUUUACUCUCGACUGGAGCGAUACAUUCAUUUCAUCC